AAUAGUAGUUUUUAUAUUGUGGGACAUAUUCAUGACCUUUAUAAGUGCUUCAGAUGUAUAUAUAUGAUUCUUGAAUUUAAAUUCAAUUGCACUGGUAAGUUCAGUUUUAGUUCGGAUAUUGGACAUUCCAAUUGGGAGGGAUCAGAGCAUUGUACUCUUGAGCUUUGAGGGAUGUCAAUUUUGUUGCCGAAGGAAAAAAGGGUAUGGACAAAGCGUCAUCAUAACUUAUCCUGCAGGUCAUAAUAUUGGGCACUAGAAGAGCCAGUGAACAUGAUUUUUGUCACUUAGUAUCGAAUAAAAAUGUCUUGACCCCAUGCUGCAGCCGCAUGUGUAUCCAAACUUUCUUUUCUACUAAAACACUGAAAAAUUCUAUGUACUAGAUGCUAUUCUUGGAAUUUUGUAGGGAGUUUUGCCUGAAUAUUAUGUUACCACGAGUCCAGAACUAAAGAACAACCAUUUGUGAAAAAUCACAGAUAGACAAAUGCAACUUUUACACUUUUACGCUAUAGCAAUUACCUUCCUUCUUGCCUUGUUUAAUCAUCCGACGUAAUGAUUAUGUGAGAGCUGCUCCUGUUGAAGCAGAGCCUAACAAAGCAACGGAGUGAAACUGUGUAAGAGCGUAAUUUUAAGCGAAAAGGCCAGCAUUGAGGAGCCGCAAACCCCUUUCUUGGUCUCCUUUAAUGCUCCGCACAUCAUUGUGCAUAAAAACCCUCUCUCAUAAUCACUCUCUCUCUCUCUCUCAGUGUUACACACAUUCGAGCAUCAUUCUUACACUUCAGUGCUUGAGCAACUAUCUUUGAAUAAUUAUUGCCAUUUUCCACUCCCGUUUUCUUUGCCUCUUAUUUUCUAACUUUUAUCCCCCCACACAGAACCAAACAUGGUUGAGGUUGAAGUUGAAGUUGGAACCUUAUGGAUAGAGCUAAGUCGUACCAAGAGGAGAAUGUGCUCAGUGCAAAGAACCAAACAAAGCUCAAGCCUUUCUUUCCUUUGAAACAGCCCGGAUUACCAAGAAAUUCAAAUCCUUCUUCUUCAUUCUCAUUGUGGGUGUUGAAAUCAGUCAAGUUCUUGAAGAAUAAAGCUAGAGUGGCGGAUAGGAUUGGGAGCAAAAGGUUUCAAUUUGAUGGAAUGGUAGUUAACAACUCUGUGUAUUGUGCUUCACCAAAUUAUCUCGAGGCUGCGAUGGAGGCAUUGGUGAAUGAGAAUGAUAAAACAGGAGUGGUUAGUGAGAAUAAGCGCAAAGUUGAAAACUUAACGUAUUCGAAUGAAGAAGGAAGUGGGGAAAGCAAUUCAAGCUCUGAUUUCUUGGCUUCUGAGGUCACUUUGAAUUAUGAAAAUAGUAGUUCUGAGGACUCAUCUUCAUCCCCUUCAAUGGGUUGGCCAAUGCAGAAGGACAAACCGCCUUCUCGCCGAAGUUCUACCGUUUCUGAAGAAGUGGAAAAACCCCAUCUGGACAAGAGAAAAUUAGAGAAACAAGAAUCAUCUCUAUCAGAAACUGAGAUGAUGAAAGAAAGAUUUUCUAAGUUGCUGCUUGGGGAAGACAUGUCUGGUUGUGGCAAUGGGGUUUGCAGUGCUCUGGCUAUAUCAAAUGCUAUUACCAACCUUUGUGCUACUCUUUUUGGACAAGUUUGGAGAUUAGAGCCUCUAAAGCCCGAGAAGAAAUUAAUGUGGCGUAGAGAAAUGGAUUGGCUUCUCUGUGUUAGUGAUCACAUUGUGGAAUUGAUGCCCUCUUGGCAGACAUUCCCUGAUGGAAGCAAACUCGAGGUCAUGACUUCCAGACCACGGUCAGAUCUUUACAUGAACCUCCCUGCACUACGCAAAUUAGACAACAUGAUCCUCGAAAUAUUGGAAAGCUUUAAGGGCUCGGAGUUCUGGUAUGUCGAUAAAGGGAUAUUAUCCCUGGAAGCCGAUGAAUCAUCCGCCUAUCCAAGACCACUCUCCCGUCAAGAAGACAAAUGGUGGCUUCCAGUUCCUCGUGUCCCAACUGGUGGCAUCAGCGAAGAUGCAAGAAAGAUGUUGCAACACAAGCGUGAUUGCACGAACCAAAUCCUCAAAGCUGCAGUGGCAAUUAACAAUACCGCUUUAGCCGAAAUGGAUGUACCUGACUCAUACUUAGAAGCUCUUCCAAAGAAUGGAAAAGCAAGUUUGGGAGAUCUUAUCCAUCGGUACAUCAAUUCAGAUCAAUUUUCGCCCGAAUGUUUGCUUGACUGCCUUGAUUUGUCUUCUGAGCAUCAUGCAUUAGAAAUUGCCAAUAGAGUGGAAGCAGCCAUUUAUAUGUGGCGCCGAAAAACGAAUUCAAAACCUUUACAUAGCACACACAGGUCCAAUUCAAAGUCAUCAUGGGAAAUGGUAAAGGAUUUGGUUAGUGAUGCAGAUAAAAGGGAACUGCUAGCAGACAGAGCUGAGAGUCUUCUGCUUUGCUUGAAGCAACGGUUCCCAGGUCUACCUCAGACCACCUUAGACAUGAGCAAAAUCCAAUGCAACAAGGAUGUUGGCAAAGCAAUAUUGGAGAGUUACUCAAGAGUUCUAGAGAGCCUGGCGUUCAAUAUUGUAGCACGUAUAGACGACCUACUUUAUGUGGAUGACUUGUCCAAACAUUCAGAUCAGUUCGUGUCAAUCUCCAAGGUUGGUGUGAUUACUCAUAAAAGCAUUGGGAUUGCACUCCCAGUCUCCAGCACUGCAUAUAAGACAGCUUUUACAACUCCUACCUUUUCACCUUUACAGUCGAUUAGUCCUGCAAAGGGAGAUAAAUCACCAUAUAUUGAAAGCAGCAAACUUUCCCUUCGUGGGCUCGGCGUGAAAAGGGUAUUGACAGAUUAUCUGAGUAUUGAUGGAAAAGGAAAGGAAUUGAGCAGCAAUAUGAGGAGAUCAGAUUCAAAUUCAAGUACAGGCGGAGAGAUAUCAGCAUCUGAAUCUUCCAGAUGUUCAAAAGAGGCAACCAGUCCACAACCUCACAAAUCUGUUGAGGAUGAAUGAACAAAAUGCAUUAGAGGUACUUUGUAGAUUUUCGUUGUCAUGUACAUGCAGAAAGAGUAUUUGAAAGUAUUGAGGGCUGUGAUGUAUCUAAUUUUUUAUUGUAUUAAGAUUGUCAUGAGGUAAGGACUUUGUAGUAGCCAUGCACUUUCAUAUUUGAGAUCGCACAAACAAAUUAUGAAGAAAACUGGUGAAUACAUUAUGCUUUAAAUAGGAGAAUAGUAAAA